AUGGGCUUAGGAAGUUCUAAGAUGUGGAACUGGCUUUCCCUGCUUAUGAAGCAGAAGGAGAUGCGUAUUCUGAUGGUUGGUCUUGACGCUGCCGGAAAAACCACCAUUCUGUACAAGCUCAAGUUGGGUGAGGUUGUUACGACCAUCCCCACAAUCGGUUUCAACGUCGAGACCGUCGAGUACCGCAACAUCCAGUUCACCGUGUGGGAUGUGGGUGGACAGGAUAAGAUUCGUCCCUUGUGGAGACAUUACUUCCAGAACACCCAGGGUAUCAUUUUCGUCGUCGACAGCAAUGACCGUGACCGUGUGCCUGAAGCCCGUGAGGAAUUGCAGCGCAUGCUCAACGAGGAUGAACUGAGGGAUGCUCUUCUCCUCGUGUUCGCCAACAAGCAGGAUCUGCCGAAUGCCAUGAGCGUCGCCGAGAUCACAGACAAGCUUGGUCUCCACAGCCUGCAGCGACGUACCUGGUUCAUCCAAUCCACCUGCGCCACUUCUGGUGACGGUCUGUUCGAGGGCCUUGACUGGCUUGCCACGGAAAUCAAGAAGAACAACGCCUAA